CUCUGAAUUUUGUCAUCUCUCUCUUUUAAUCCGAUAUCACAGCAAGUGGUUGAAUCUUUUGGAUGAAAUAAUGGCGGCGACUUCGAAGAAGAUAAUGUUGAGGAGCUCCGACGGCGAGACUUUCGAGGUAGAGGAAGCCGUGGCGGUCGAGUCGCAGACGAUAAAGCACAUGAUCGAGGACGACUGCGCCGACAACGAGAUCCCUCUGCCGAACGUCACCAGCAAGAUAUUAUCUAAGGUCAUUGAAUACUGCAAGAAGCAAGUCGAUACCGCUGCCGACAAGGAAAAGAACCCCGAGGAUGAAAUCAAGGCUUGGGAUGCUGAUUUUGUCAAAGUUGACCAAAAUACCCUCUUUGACCUCAUCUUGGCUGCGAACUAUCUGAAUAUCAAAAGCUUAUUGGACUUGACCUGCCAAACUGUGGCUGACAUGAUUAAGGGGAAGACACCCGAGGAGAUUCGCAAGACGUUCAACAUCAAGAACGAUUUCACUCCGGAGGAGGAGGAGGAGGUUUUCAAGUUGGGGGAACAAUGAGAGCUGGCUUUAUCUGGGUUGGUGUGUUCUAUGCAUCAACAUCUUCUACUUGUUAGAAGAUUUUAUUUGAACAUUUCCACCAUCUAUUAUCGUAAUAUAAUUAGAAUUUCAUAA